CAAAGCAAACGCCCCCUAAAAAAAAAGGCAAAUGGCCCUUCCAAAUUCUUGUUUCUUGCCACUUCUAGCACUGCCACUUCUCUACUGGGGUUUCAACUUGCUCAAGCGUCAGCCAAAAGAAACAAAACUAGUGUUUUAUGUCCACGACUAUUUAAGUGGGCAUGACACAUCUGCAAUCACUGUAGCAGGAAAAGAUGGGCCUCAAACUAGUGUUCUUCAUUUUGGGACAAUGGUUGCAGUGGAUGAUCCAGUAACUGAAGGUCCAGAUCCAAAGUCCAAAGAGAUCGGUAGAGCUCAAGGCAUGUACAUCAAUUCACAGUUAGAUGGCAAGGGACUGUACUUGAUGUUUUCUGUUAUUUUCACUGAUGGGGAAUUCAAAGGGAGUACUUUGGAGAUUCAAGGUGCUGAUCUUUUUGCAAUGAAGGAGAGGGAAUUCUCUAUUGUUUCAGGGACUGGUUUUUUUAGAUUUGUUAAAGGUUAUGGCAUUAUGACAACUCACUUUAUUGAUAUUCCUAAUCUCAGAGCCAUUCUUAAGCUUCAUGUUACUGUAAAGCACUAUUGACUUUUCCUAGUUUAUGUCAAAGUUUUGAUGUAUUCUGCCUCUUUUCCUAGAAUCAAAUUCGAUGCUACUUUUUUCUACUUACUGAAAUAAAAUAAAAAAGUUUUCCUAAAUGAUCGAUGUGAACAUUCGUAUA